UGGUAAGAAAUUUCACAAUUAAAUUUAUCAGUUUCCUUUCACACACACGCUCAAUAAAGGGCAAUAAAAAUCAUCUUUUCUCUCUACAACUUUAGUGAUUUGAAGUAACACUGCGUGCAGCUUUAUGUUCUUUUUGUUUCUCUAGAAAAAAAAAUGGAAGGUGGACUCCCCAUGCUAAAUUGUCUUCUACAACACACACUUAAAAGUCUCUGUACUUCCUCUGAGUGGGUCUAUUCUGUUUUCUGGAGAAUUGUCCCUAGAAAUUAUCCUCCACCUAAAUGGGAUCAUGGAGGUGGCUUACUCGAUCGCACGAGAGGAAACAAGAGAAACUGGAUUCUUGUUUGGGAAGAUGGUUUUUGUGACUUUUAUGAAUGUGAAAGAACCAAAAGGGAGUAUGUCAGGAUGAAUUUUGGUCCUGAUAUCUUCUUCAAAAUGUCUCAUGAGGUUUAUUCUUUUGGUGAAGGAUUAGUAGGCAAAGUUGCAGCAGAUAAUGGUCACAGAUGGGUGUUUAAAGAUGCUCAAAAUGAAAAAGAUUCAAGCUUUAUAUGCUCAUGGAAUAUGUCCAUUGAAUCUCAACCAAGAGCCUGGGGAGCUCAGUUUAAUUCAGGCAUUCAGACUAUUGCUAUUAUAUCUGUUAGGGAAGGCAUAAUUCAGCUUGGCUCAUUUAAUAAGGUUUUUGAGGAUCAUAGUCUAGUAUUAAGCAUUCAGAGGAAAUUCAGCUACCUCCAGAGCAUACCGGGCAUUUAUGCAGUUCAGAGACCUUUUCGGCCAAUCCAAUAUCCAUAUACUUACAAGCCAAACAAUGUCACUCUAGUUAACGAGUCAGAUCAUCAAACGGAUGACAAAAACCAGCUAAUUGGAUCAAAAAGAGUUCAUGGUGAACGAUUAAUUCAUGAGUUUCCGUUCAAGUCCAUCAACUUUGGCUAUAAUAGCCCACAAAGCAUGGCUAGUCUACCUUUGUGGUCGAUGCCUGCUGCAGCGCCAUCUUGUUAUGCUAAUGCAGAACAUAACAGGACUACUUUACAUGACAGAGUUAUGAGGAACACUACAAGCAAGCAUGCCAAGGUUGACGAAUUAGGCAAUUUUAAGUUUGAGGCAGCUGAGGAAAAUGACCGAUCUUCCUUGAACCAAAAUUUCGGGCUGGAAAAUAAGGUAGUUGAUGUUGAUUUUAGACAACUAGGUAAAGGAGGGGCUGCUUCAAAUCCAAAUUAAUUGCAGCUUAGUGUAAGUAGAAAACAGUAAAGGGUCUAACUACAUAGGGACCUUUUGCUGGUUGUUAGCUAUAACUUGUUGAUAAAGUACUGAGUAAUUUGUUUUAUAUGAUAAUGACAUAGUAUCUUUAGCAA